AUGGUGGUCUGGAAUGGCAGUGACGCUAAGGACCCCGUAUUUAUACUGAGGGGCUUUCCUGGGCUGGAGCACAUUCACUCUUGGCUCUCCAUUCCAUUCUGUUUCGCAUACUUCAUAGCAUUUUUUGGUAAUGUCACUAUUCUUUCUGUCAUUUGCGUAGAAUCUUCACUCCACCAGCCCAUGUAUUACUUUCUUUCCAUUCUGGCAUUAACUGACCUGGGUAUGUCUUUGUCCACACUUCCGACCAUGCUUGCUGUACUGUGGUUGGAAGCUCGAGAGAUCCAGGCAAAUGCUUGCUAUGCUCAACUCUUCUUCAUCCACACCUUCACAUUCCUGGAGUCCUCAGUUCUGCUGGCUAUGGCCUUUGACCGUUUUGUUGCCAUAUGUCGUCCACUGCACUAUUCCACCAUUCUUACCAACAGUAUAAUUGGCAAGAUUGGUUUGGCUUGCUUGCUGCGGAGCAUGGCAGUUGUACUACCCACACCUGUGCUACUGGGACGCUACGACUACUGCCAUAUCAAUGCCCUUUCCCAUGCCUUCUGCUUGCACCAAGAUGUCCUAAAAUUAGCCUGUUCCGAUGCUAGGGUCAAUAGCAUUUAUGGACUGUGUGUAGUUAUUGCCACACUGGGUGUGGAUUCAGUCUUCAUACUUCUUUCCUAUGUCCUGAUUCUGCAUGCUGUGCUGGGCAUUGCAUCACGUGAAGAGCGGCUAAAAGCACUGAACACAUGUGUGUCUCAUAUCUGCGUGGUGCUCAUCUUCUUUGUGCCAGUCAUUGGUGUAUCGAUGGCACAUCGCUUUGGGAAGCAUCUGUCACCCACCAUUCACAUCCUCAUGGCUGACAUCUACCUGCUGCUGCCCCCAGUGCUCAACCCUGUUGUCUAUAGUGUCAGAACAAAACAAAUUCGACUGGGGAUUCUCCGGAAGUUUGGAAUAAGGAGGAGGCCUUAA